UCGUCUGACCCGCUCCGGAGUCCCGUCCCGAUCCAGCUCGCUUCCUCUGAUCCGAGGCCGCCAUUAAUACCAACCGCCACCACCUCGCCUCGCCAACCAAGAACGCAAUCCAAUCCCGCGACGACAAGAUCAAACCCUCUCAUUGAUCGGUCAAUUCGUCAUCGGCUUGGACAUGUCCGGAGGAGACAUGGCGGCGCAGGCGGGCGGAGACGCGCAGCAGCAGCAGCAGCAGGCCGUCGGCGGGAACCGGAUUCAGGUGUCCAGCUCCAAGAAGCCGCUAUUCUUCUACGUCAAUCUCGCUAAGAAGUACAUGCAGCAGCACGGCGACGUCGAGCUUUCCGCGCUCGGGCUGGCCAUAUCAACGGUUGUAACCAUUGCAGAGAUACUGAAGAACAAUGGUCUUGCUGUCGAGAAGAAGAUUAGAACAUCCACGGUUGAAAUCAUUGACGAAACGAAAGCCCGACCAAUCCAAAAGGCUAAGAUUGAGAUAGUGCUGGGAAAGACUGAUAAGUUUGAGGAAUUGAUGGCGGCCAAUGUUGGAGAUGCAAACGCAGGAGAUGGCGAGGAACAAACCUAGAAAGUUUAGGGACUUGUUAUGGCUAUUCCUUUUCUACCUUUUCCUCUCCUCUGUCAGCUCUGGUUAAAUUGGGUGAUGCUGAUGCAUACAGAUGGAAUAUGUUUAGGUGUUUUCUGUUCACUUGUUGAGUGCGGCGUUCUUAGAACAUACAUUUGAUUUAUCCCAUUUGUUAACUGAGUAGUGUCUAAUGUGCAAUGUUUUUUUUCUCUAUUUUGGUGGCGUUAAUGAUUAAUGUAAUGUUCACUGUUGUGACAUCAUAGACCAA